AUGACCACCCCGUCAGACCCCGAGGCCGCCGUGACCAGCACCGAAAAAAGCCCUCCCGCCGGCGAUGACCCACCAUCCUCCUCCUCAGCAGCGGCGGCGGAGGCGGCGCUGGUGCGGAAGUGCGACGUGCGCGUGGUGCCGAUCCUGUUCGUGCUGUUCAUGCUAUCGUUCAUCGACCGCAUCAACAUCGGCAACGCGCGGCUGCAGGGGCUGGAGCGCGACCUGGGCAUGCAGCACCGCGACUACAACGUCGCGCUGUUCGUCUUCUUCAUCCCGUACAUCCUGCUGGAGGUGCCGAGCAACCUGGUGCUGAAGCGGGUGGCGCCGUCGACGUGGCUGAGCGGCAUCAUUGCGGCGUGGGGGGUGGUGACUAUCUGCCAGGGUGUGACCAGCAGCUUCGCGGGCUUGGUGGUGUGCCGGUUCUUCCUGGGGGUGUUUGAAGCGGGCUUCGUGCCGGGAUGCGUGUACUUGAUCUCGAUGUACUACCAGCGAUACGAGCUGCAGAAACGGCUCAACUUCUUCUUCUGCGCCAGCAUCAUCGCGGGCGCGGUCAGCGGGCUGCUGGCGUACGCGAUUGCCGGGCUGGACGGGCGGGCGGGCUACAGCGGCUGGCGGUGGAUCUUCAUCGUCGAGGGAGCGGUGACGGUGGCAGCGGCGGCAGCAUCGAGGUUCCUGAUCGUCGACUGGCCGGAGACGGCGGGGUUCCUGAGCGACGACGAGCGGCAGCUGCUGGCGGCGCGGCUGCGGGCGGACGCGUUCGGGGCGCGCAUGGACCGGCUGGAUGGGGCGGCAGUGCGGCGGUGCGGCGGUGCGUGCGCGACGUGA